AUGGAAGUCGCAGUAGAAGGGGAACAGGUCUCCAGUGAAGAUCUCGAAGAAAGCGCAGGGUGGCGAACCGUCGGCUCACGGAAGCCAACUCGGCAGCAAGCGUCGGCUGCCUGCGUGGAGACUUCCGACUGCAACAACAACAAGAGGCAAGGCGAGCAGCGUUUACAACAAAUAACCAAAGCAAGUCGCAUGCCAAAUUUACCUCGGGGCGAUUACAAGAUAAUUAUACGUCCAAGAGGAGGCCUCCGCGUCGCUGAAUGCGGAGCCGUCCGCCUAGCGACCAGUAUCUACCAAGCAGCAGCAAUCCCGAGAGAAGCUCAGGAUGAGGACAUGAUCUGCCCUAAUCUACAACAAAAUAUCAUCGUCGUGAGUACACCCAUAGAGGCACAUGCUGAUAAGUAUCAACGCAUAACCCGCAUCACGGUCGGCAACAACACGUAUGAGACCAGUGCCUACGAGGCGGCACCAGACUAUACUUCCAAAGGCGUAAUCCGCGGCAUCCCCUUGGAAGAUAGCGCCCGCGAUAUCACCGCCAACGUCGUCACACCACGAAAUCCCACGGCAAUGGCUGCAAAAAGGCUGAGUAACACAACGACGGUGAUCGUGCUGUUCGAGGGCUUCAGGGUACCGACGUACGUUCGCUACGGUGGAGCCCUACUGCGAUGCACCCUGUACCGAAAACAAAUCGAUACAUGUUACCACUGCGGCAGAUUGGGGCACCGUGCUGAUGUGUGCCCGAAUCCCAACGAUCGUAUAUGUCGAGGUUGCGGGACGCCGAGCCCUACCCAAGACCACCAGUGUACACCCACAUGCCAACUCUGUGGAAGCAACCACCAGACGGCCGACAGGACCUGCAAGGCACGCUACAAGACCCCCUACAUUGUGAAACGUCGCCGCUGGGAGCGCCAACAACAAGAUUCACCCAAGCCUACACCAGCCAGUAACAAUGCAGAUCAGCAGGACUCUCCUUCCCCUCGACAACCAGGAGGCCGGGGCCGGCCAAGAUCCCGCACCCGUACCCGGUCCAAAUCCAGGUCACGGAGCCGAACGCCUGGACUACAAGAGCUGAGUUCCAUUGCCACAUUCUGA